AUGGGACAAAAAGAUGUUUUAUUGCUUAACUCUGAUGACUCCGACAUACCUGAUCUUGAUUUGCCUACUGCAAAUGUUCGUAAAGAAAGGUCGAGAGCACGGCAAAAUGCAGAGACAGUAAUUGUAAGACAGCAAAGUUGUAGCGUGCAAAUUGCUCUGAUAUUGCUAUUCUCCGCUGUUGUUAUCGCUAUUGCCUUUCUAGGCUUCUUCACCUCAUACUUUUCGUCACAGCUGGAACAAUUACGCAAUGAGCCAAGGUACGAUAUUAUGACUCGAGAAUUGGAAAUAAUUAAGUACGAAGUAAACAAGAUUAAAUUAGAUAUAGAUAUGCUACGUAUGAUGACCUCAUCUCCAGGCACACCUACCUGGAAUGCAUCUUCAUUGCUAUAUACUCGACUAGAGCACAUCGAGUCACAAAUUAAUGGUAUCGCUGACAAAAUACAGGAAAAGCUUAGCGAUCACUUAGAAAAUGAUACGCUGAACUUGAUAUCGGAACGGGUUAAUGCGGUAGCGGAUGCUUGCAUUCAAGGAUGUCAGACCGUAUCGAAGUUGGUAGUAUCUAACAACGGAACGAAAUAUACCUUGGACUCAGCCAGUGACAAACUAAAAAAGAAGCGUUCUAAAGUACCUCAGUGGUCUUCCAUUCGUGAUACUCCCGUUGUAUUCACGAGAGCCAAGCAUGUAUAG